GUGUCUACGCUUUACGUCGGAGGUGAUAUAAGCGCCCGGCAAGCUUCUUGACGCAAUCACAUUGAAAGAACUGCAGUGAAGGACGUGAGGAGAACCAGCGGUCGUAGUCAUGCCCAGAGGGAGUCGCAGCCGAACUUCUCGGAUGGCACCGCCAGCCAGCCGUCCACCUAUGAUGAGACCUGCUCCGCCUCCUGCGGCCCGCCCGCCUGUCCCAGCAGCACCUGCUCCUUCUGCUCUUGGUCCAGCAGCAGCCCCUAGACAACCAGGUCUGAUGGCACAGAUGGCAACCACAGCAGCUGGUGUAGCAGUUGGUUCUGCAGUCGGGCACACCUUAGGACAUGCCAUCACUGGAGGCUUUGGUGGUGGAAGCAGUUCUGAGCCUGCAAGAGCAGACAUCACUUACCAGGAACCUGCCGCUCCCCAGCCUGCAUACCAGCAGCAGUCUCAGUACACACCAUGCCAGUAUGAACUUAAACAGUUCUUGGAGUGCGCUCAGAACCAGGGUGACCUGAAGCUGUGUGAGGGGUUCUCAGAGGUGCUCAAACAAUGCCGCUUUGCAAAUGGUUUAUAAUGAAGAAUGUAACUCUUGAAUACAAUUUGCUGGGUCUGAAGACUUACAGAGACAACGAAGACACAACACGCCUAGUGGAGUUAUUUCUAAGCAAGUGUUAUGUAUGGAAGUUUCUGCAAUUGAUAGGAAGAUAUGAAACAUAUAAAGAAAGAUUGGUUUUAGAGAAAUAUCUCUGGUUGGAUUUAUCUUUGUCCGUGCUGUUGUGUUGUUUUUUUUUCUAUUUAAAUAAAUCCAUUCCAAGUCUG